AUGGACCAGGAGAGGCCGGGUCCAUCUGUCAGUUUGGAGGCAUUCCAGAGGCUGGAGGCCCGCCUCACCAGUCUGGAGCGCUCCCACGCCCUUCUUUUAAAGAAGUGGCGGUCCCUCCAGGCUGCCCCGGCUCCCGUGGCCCCCACGUCCGCUCAGAAGGGGGAGCACGUGGGCAAGCUACAGAACGCGGACUUUCUGUAUGAAUCCCUCGUGGAGGACUAUAGACUGUUCCGGCUCGGGGCGCGGACCAGGACGAAGGACAUUGACAACGCGAAGCAGUCAGCCAGCCACUCCCUGAGGUUCUGCCGGUACAUGGCCCAGGGAGUGGCGGCUGACUGCCUGACCAGGAGCGUCAGGUUCCUCAACCGGCUGGACCACCUGCGUGGAUACCCGACGUACCUGGUCAACAAGGGGUACAAGAGUACCACAAUCAAAAAUAUGAUUACCAAUGUAAUCAUGUUCCUGCGCCAUGUGAGCAAGCGCUUCCCGCGCCAGACCCGCCUGAGGCCCGCUGAAGCCUCUAACAUCGAAUAUGAGCUUCAGCGGAUCCAGCGGGACAUCCAGCGGGAAGUGCUUGUUCACAGGCAAAAGGUCCUCAAGAAAAAGUCAGCCGACCAGCUGGACGCCAUGGACAGCGUCCGUUUUUUGGCAAGGGCCAAAACUGCCAUUGACGAAAUUCUCUGCCGAAAGGAUCCCGAUGAGCUCCAUGGCCUGGGGAUGGGCUACAUCCUUGGCUACCUGGCCAUUGUCACAGGCCACCGGGCGGUGGUCUUCCACCACACGACGAAGGAGUCGGUACAGGAGGCCGACUCCUGGAAGUCAGGAACCCGCUUCCAAGUGUUGGUGGACGACCACAAAACGACCAAAACCUUCGGGCAGGCCUCAUUGAUUCUUGAACGGCACGAAUACAACUGGCUCCGCGUCCUGGCCACCGGGGAGUUCUGUACCGACGAGUGCAGGGAGGUGGAACAUUUAUUCCACACUACAUCUGGAGGCCCGAUCAGACAGGGCUCCGGUAUAAUAAACAGGGCGUGGGCAGCGGCUGGACUGAGGGGGUCGAUUAAUUUCAAUAAGAUCCGGAGCAGCGUGGCCACACAGGCCAAUGACCACCUGACUGAGAAGGAGCGGCGGAGGGUGGCCAGGGCCAUGUGCCACGACCCUGCCACGGCCUCCAGGUUUUAUGUUGCCCUCCCCAACAGGGAGAGGCAAUAUCGUGACAGGCAGCUCAGAAUGAAGGCCCUCUGUCUGGCCUCUAAGACCAGGCCAGACAGGCUGACCAGGCCAGCCGUGUCCAGCAGCUCAGAGUCAGAGGGACCUGAGCCAGCGUAUCAGGACUCGCCCGACUCCUCUGGCUCUGAGCUUGCCAGCCCUGAGCCAGACCCCUCCAGCCCUGAGCCAGACCCCUCCAGCCCUGAGCCCUUCACCCCACCGCCUCAGCCCUCGACCGCCGACCGCCAGCCCUGGACCCCGGUAUGGGACUACAGCGAGGGUACAACGGCCCCGAGGAAGCGGCCGCGGAUGCUGUUCCCGGCCGACGAGGAGGACGAGGAGCCUCGCGCCCUUCCUCACCCAAUGAAGCAGUGCACGGUGGACUGCGACAGGCUGCAGAGUGGGGUGCUCCACUUUUAUGCAACAGUCAUUCGAGACUACCCUGCUUAA